CGGAGGGGGGUGGGGGGAGCCACUGUCGCUGCGGCCGCCGCUCCCUGCUCCUCCUCCUCCGUGGAGCGCCCUCCACCCCGCCCUCUCCCCGCCCGGGACCGAGUCUGGUGGCCACAAAAUGGCGGACGGGGAGCUGAACGUGGACAGCCUCAUCACCCGGCUGCUGGAAGUCCGAGGAUGUCGUCCUGGGAAGAUUGUUCAGAUGACCGAAGCAGAAGUUCGGGGCUUGUGCAUAAAAUCACGGGAAAUAUUUCUUAGCCAGCCUAUUCUUCUGGAACUAGAGGCACCUCUGAAAAUUUGUGGUGAUAUCCAUGGUCAGUAUACAGACUUGCUUCGAUUAUUUGAAUAUGGAGGAUUCCCACCAGAAGCUAAUUAUCUUUUCCUUGGAGAUUAUGUAGACAGAGGCAAACAGUCUCUGGAAACAAUUUGCCUAUUACUGGCAUAUAAAAUCAAGUACCCAGAAAACUUCUUUCUCCUAAGAGGAAAUCAUGAGUGUGCUAGCAUCAAUCGAAUCUAUGGAUUUUAUGAUGAAUGCAAGCGGAGAUUUAACAUUAAGCUGUGGAAGACCUUCACAGACUGUUUUAACUGUCUGCCCAUUGCAGCCAUUGUGGAUGAGAAGAUCUUCUGUUGUCAUGGAGGACUGUCUCCAGAUCUCCAGUCAAUGGAGCAGAUCCGGAGAAUUAUGAGACCUACAGAUGUUCCUGACACAGGUUUGCUCUGUGACCUGCUGUGGUCUGAUCCAGACAAAGAUGUGCAAGGUUGGGGUGAAAAUGAUCGUGGGGUCUCUUUCACUUUUGGUGCUGAUGUGGUCAGUAAAUUUCUGAAUCGUCAUGAUCUGGAUUUGAUCUGUCGAGCUCAUCAGGUGGUUGAAGAUGGAUACGAGUUCUUUGCUAAACGGCAGUUGGUCACCCUAUUCUCAGCUCCAAAUUACUGUGGAGAGUUUGACAAUGCAGGAGGCAUGAUGAGUGUGGAUGAAACUCUGAUGUGUUCCUUCCAGAUAUUGAAACCAUCUGAAAAGAAAGCCAAGUACCAGUAUGGUGGACUGAAUUCUGGGCGUCCAGUCACUCCACCUCGCACAGCUAAUCCACCGAAGAAGAGGUGAAGAAAGGAAAUAAUGUAGAAAACACCAUCAGAUCUGUCAAGGACAAAACUCCAUAUUACAAUAUAUAAUAAGUGUGCACUGUAAAACCAUCCAGCCAUUUGACACCCUUUAUGAUGUCACACGUUUAACUUAAAGAGACGGGUAAAGGAUCUUUAUUAAUUUUUCUAGUAGAAAGAUGUGCGACACUGUAUUGUAACAAGUAUAGCUCCAAGUUCUAAUAUCCAGCAUAGAGAGGAAAAAAAAUUAGGAAAAACUAUUUCAACUACAUAUUCACAUUUACCACGGUUUUUAAAGUUGACCAACAUCCCAGUUAAAACUUGGUGUAAUAGUUAAACCAGAUGAGAGCAUGAUGUUCCAUUUGUGUAAUGUGGUCUUAUUGUUGCUUAAUUGCUUUUACUUUGGUUAUUUUGUAGCUAGAAUGAUGCGAAUAUGGUAUCUAGUCUUAUUUCCUGGCUCUUUGAAAUUGAUAUGAGGAAGGGGCUUUCUAGAACAGCCAUUGAUCUCUUAUCCUCCCCCUAAUCCCCUGUUUUUUCAUCAUAAUGCCGUGUGCCCCAUUAUAAUGCAAAGUUUAUAGUACAGUAGUCAUUAAAAGGCAAACUGAGUCCCAAAUGCCUGGACUGGACAGCUUGGCAGCCAACAUACAUUAAGGCAGAAAAAUCUGUCCUGACCUUUUAACUUCAACUGCCACACAAUGAAUUUGUGCACUACACUAUUUUAAAUUAUUGACAUUACACUGUGCAAUGGCACUUCAUUUAACUUAGAUAGGACAAAAAUGGUAUUGCCUAUUAGUUGGUAACUUGAUUUAGUGGUACCUUGGCUUUAGUUUUAUUAGCAUGAAACACCUUUGGCAUGCUUAGCUUCCAGGUAACUUCCUACCUGCAUCAAAAUUCAUCUUACAUAGUUCCACAGAACAUGAAGAUCCUUACUUGAUAAGCCUUUGAAAGCUGACAUUCUUUUUCAGAGGAGGGUGUGUUUAAAUGGCUGUUCUUCAACAUACAACAGGCUAGAUGAUGGGUGGUGAGCUAAAAAUGCUACAGGAAUGUCCAACUUUAUAGUAAGGCUUACAUCACUAAAGAAUCUAUCAUUUGGAUUUUCAUGAUCAAAUUUCAUAUACUAUUGUAUAGACUUCUGCUUUGUAGUGUACUAUAGUAGCAAUAAUUUCUGUACGUGAUCAAGAGUUAAACAGUAUUUUCAGUUCUCUCCUUUAUUAAAAGAGCUAACAUUGGCAAAUGGCAAGAUAUAGAGAAGAUACAAAAUAUACAGUAGGGUAAAUGAAAGGCGCAGAUUUGUGAUGCUUUAGGAUGCAAUACUUAUUGGACACAACUACAAAAGCUUUUACUGAAUACUGUCAAAUUUGUUAGAUUCUUUGGGGGAAGGCUGCAGAUUUAUACCAUUCUAAAUGUGCAUCAGUAGAUGUAAAACUCUUGACUUCAGUAUUGUCUUUGAAAAUGUUAAAUUGAGGAUUCUAGUAACUUAUGUUUUAUGAACUGGCACAUUAUAUAAUGCAAGAGAUAUAUUGAUUUCUGACACAGUGAGCAAGUUCUUUAAAAUGGAUUUAAGUCUCUUUUCUAAUUCCAUUUUGUUUUAAAUGCAUAUUUUAAAUGUAGGUUUUUUCAUUUAGUAAAAGUUGUCUAAUUCAUUUGAA